GGUAUCGUGCACCCCCGAUACACGCGAGGUCUAUUCCGUGUGGACUAUUCACCGCGUGCUCCGUUAAAAUAUUUUACCGUAGAAAAUAACAAUUUUUUUCCCGGCGACCAGAGACUAUUUUCGGUCGGGAAAUAGUCCAGUGAUGAUUGGCAUGAAGAAGUGGAUUAAACGUGUGAUUUAUUGAUAAUGAGUGAAUCCAGGAUUUUUAGUAUCGAUUGAUAAUUCAUUGUUGAUUAAUUACUGUGGUACUAGUGAGUCGGGAUUUUUUGUUGUUUUGUGAAGAUUUUGGUUAUUUCUUUGAUUUUUAUUUUGGAUUGAGUGGAAAAUGAUCGGAUAACUUGGGAAUUAUUUGGUGUGAUUUUGUGGUUUUUGGGGGGUGUGCAGCCGGUUUUUGGUGGUGAUACUACAGUGAUGGUGACGGCCUAGUGAUUGACAGGACAACGGGAAUUACUCGUUAAUGGAUACAAGGAUGCGCUGAAGCAGCUCCUCACGCAUCAUCCCCGAGAUGUCAGCUGUAACUAGUCCGUAUGGCCCCACGGAUAUGCUGUCCGACUCGGUCUACAACUACGCCACCUCCCGUCGGAGUACAACAGGGGAUCAGGACAGCAGUGACUCGCAAUUUGAGACCCCGAGCCAUCAAUUGCACGAUCAAUUGUCAAGUAUGCAGAAACCCAGGAACAAGCGCAAAAAUUUCAAGCCAAUUAGCAGUAGAAUGGCUGAAGUAUCGGAUGAUGAGUCUGAGAGAGACGAGCAGGAGGAUGACUCUGAGACAAUUGAUGAGACUAAUUCAAAUGACAUUGUUGAAUAUGAACGGAAAACUCUGUUGAGUUCCAGUAACGAUAGACCAAAACAGAGACUUAACAAUAAUGAGGCUAGUCCGAUGGAUCUGUCAGUUGCCACGAGGCCUCCCUCCUCAGAUGGUGAUGAGGACAGCAGUGAUUCGUUGAGACACAAGUUCAGUCUUGAGCACCUCACGUCCCAGAAGCUUUAUUCACUUGGUGCCGAGGCGAGAAGUCCGGCGUCCGAGUCGUCCGAAAAAAGUGACUUGGAUCAAGAGGCAAGUAGACUAGAAGACGAUCAUCAAUUCGACGACGAUCGUAUACAAGAGACUGAGCCCGAAACAGACAUUGAAGAGCGCAAACCAAUGGAAAGUAUGAGUGAAUACCUCGAAUCAACGGUCCAGGAAUUCCUCGCUUUCUACGGUUUUGCUGGUGGUGAAAUGACAAAAUCAUCGAGUAGACAGAUUCCAUCGACAUUUCUCAAUCCACAUACCGGUCAAAUUCAAUUCAAUCCAAAUCCAAAUCAGAGUAAUUCCGGCAAUUGUCAACAGGAGGAACAGCAGGUGCAUCAUGGAAAAGUCAGGGUGAAAGAGGAGAAGGACGGCUCAUCAAUGGCACCAGGUAGUCCCCCAACACCACCCCACACCCCCCAAAGUCCAUCGCGCCAACACAAUCCCUCCGGUAAUUUGUCCCAAUCAAGUCAAACCCAAAACACUGUCCCAAGUCUCCCAAAUCCUCUCCAAACACUCGCCAAUUCACCCCUAAGUCAGAUACUCAUACAGAAUCCCGCAUUAGCACAAUUGUUACAACAAAAUCCAGCAAUAUUGUCCCAAAAUCCACAAUUGGCCCAGUUACUGCAGCAAAAUCUUCAGGCACACAUGGGAAAUGUAUUGUUCCCAACAAAUUCGAGGAGAGACGAGUCUGAAGAAUCACGGGUUCCACCGACGAUAGCUAGCCUGGCAGCAAUGAAGGUGGAUGCAGGUGAUCCAAAAGUUUCCGUAUUACUGAGACAAAGUAUGUCUCCAUCAGCGGAAAAUCUGAUAAGUUCAAAAUCACCAGCAGUACCCCAGCCGACGAUCGAUUACUCUCGAUAUGUUCGUCGUUUCGGAUCAGGUCAAGAGUGCGGUAGUUCCUACUGCAAGGAGCUAGGCUGUCGCGAGCACUUUCACUGUCUUGACUGCAGUGGCCGUGUGUUCGUUAAAAAAGAAGAGAUGAUAAGGCACUUUAAAUGGCACAAGAAGCGAGAUGAAUCGCUUCAGCAUGGCUUCAUGAGGUACUCGCCGACUGACGACUGCAUGGAACACCAUCCCAUGCGCCAAUGCCCCCAUAAUCGUAAACAGACUCAUUACCACUGUAUUCAUGACAACUGCGAUAAAGUCUACAUAUCAACAUCAGAUGUGCAGAUGCACGCAAAUUUUCACAGAAAGGAUUCAGCAAUUAUUCAGGAGGGCUUUCAGAGGUACAGAGCAACUGAAAGCUGCUCCACUGAUUACUGUCCUUUCGCUGGCCAACGAACCACGCAUUUCCACUGCAGAAGGCCCGGAUGCAGGUUCACCUUCAAGAACAAAGCCGACAUGGACAAGCACAAAUCCUACCACAUAAAGGACGAACAGCUAUCUCGAGAUGGCUUCAAGAAGUUCAUGAAGAACGAAGCAUGCCCCUUCGAGCAGUGUCGCUUCUCUCGAGUGUGCAAUCACAUCCACUGCAUUCGACCUCACUGCAACUACGUACUGCACUCGUCCGGCCAGCUAUUCUCUCACAAGCGAAAGCACGAGCGCCACGAAUCCGAGUUGGCUUACCGAAAAUACAAGCAGGUGGGUGGAGUAGGCAUCAGGCCGCCAGUGUGGACACCUGAUGAUUUGGGACCGCAGAGCCUAUCCCUCAGUAUGAACGGAGAGAGUUCAAACGAGGGCAGAGGCUCACCAUCUUUCUACUCCCUGGAGGACUCAUUUCAAUCAGCAAGCGAUCUGGCAAUGGACCUCACAGCUUCAACGACAACGACAAAUCCAGGCUCCUCUAUUCAAAUUGAUCCGUCUCAAACAGCUCCUCAGUCCCCUCAGCACCUGACAGCUGCUGAGCUCGCGUAUCUAGCACCAGCUUCAUCUGACUGUCUUUGUCAAAAUGGCAGGGACCACUACCACUGCGCACUCGAUCGCUGUGGCACAACACUGCGAAAUCCCACAGAGAUUCGUGAACAUCUGCGGGAGCAUGAGACACAGGAGCGAAUAACUGACACCUUUUUCGAAGAGGGCAAUUGCGAGGAAACGUGUCCGUACGCUGACAAGGAAAAACAUUACCACUGCACGUGGGACAAUUGCAAAGAGGUCAUUCUUGCGACUGACAAGCCUUUCAGAAGACUCCAGCAUUACAAAAUUCACGAAUACAGUAGACAACUCAAUCUGAGCUCAACUACUCAAGUUCUCUCGUCAGAUGUUACUCUAAGCCACCUGACUAACAUUGACGCCAUGUUCAGGCGAAAACGUGGCCGACCACCAAAGAAUCGUGUGAUCGAGAUAUGGUCAGGUGGUGAUCUAUCCCAUACACAAGACUCACCCCAGGCUAUAUUCACAAGUUUCAAACUGCCAAAACCCAAUCCCACAAAUCCCAAUCCACAAAUUGAUGAUCAUGAGGAUAGCUUAUCACCAGUUCCUGACGAUACUGAUGGCUUUUCAACCUAUAAUCCUGACACAUGUCCCGAUCCAGUCUGCGCGAUUAGAAUGACAAAACAUCAUCACUGUUCCCAACCAAGAUGUCACUUCUCCACAGAUAGGCCAGAUCAGCUGCUAAUGCACAGCAAGGACUUUCAUGACAAUGUCGACAUACCACCGGGUUUUGCCUUCUACGAUAAAAUGGUGGAUUGCAGAUUGGUGGGUUGUCACAGUAACAGGGUGCACAGGCAUUAUCACUGCACAAGGCCCAACUGCGGAUACUCGUUUGUCAGAUAUUCAACGAUAGCGCAACAUGAAAAACAACACGUGGGCAUGAGCGAUGUGGCUGAGGGCAUCACUGAGACAGGUCAAGGUGUUUUGGAAAUUAAGCCAAGGAUUCAGGUGAAGAAUCCGGCGGAGCUCAUUGAGAAGGUCGACGAGGACGAGAGUAGAUUAGUCAUCGAGGUGAAGGAGGAACUACCUAGUCCUGAUCCAAAUAAAACAACUGUGGUGAGGGCGGCAGGCACCUAUUAUCCGGUCAGCGGACCGACGAGCGAACCCGCACUACCGGGCGCCAUGCUAUCCAUCCGGGCUUCCGUGCACCAAGAGGCACCAGUGCUUCCGUCAACGAGUUCAUCCUCUCCUCACACGCUGUACGGGCCUGAACAAAGCUGCAGUCGUCCAUUUUGCAAAUUAAAAAGAAAAAAUCAUUACCACUGCAACGCCUGUAAUCAAGCAUUCUCAGAGCUCGAUCGCUUGAUCGCUCAUAUUGCGAAACACUCAACUGGGGCUAUAUUAUCACAACAGCAGCACGAUUUGCCACCGCAACCGUCAAAUCCUAUGCCUCACGAUUACCUGGCGCAACUAUCGGCCCAGAAGCAUGAUUUUAUGUCCCAGAAUGUGCAGAUGGCACAGAACAUACAAAAUUUUCAGAACAUGCAACGCCAGAUGCAGCAGAGUCUCUCCCAAAUGACGCAGCAGCCGCCAAUCAAAGACAUUAAACUCGAGUCACCGCGUCACGAAUCGAACAACCAGAACAACGUGAAAAGAGAGCCUGACGUUCUCCGCGAGGAGAAUCACCACCAUUUAGAUAACAAUGAGAAUGGUCAGUUGCAAGUGCCACCAUCAACGGGGCCAGUGCCAGGAUCAGUACCAAGUGGUUUUGAGCUAGAGCUAUCCCACGGUUUUUUUCCGAGUCCCGCAGUGAUGGUGGCAAUGAACCAACAGUUGGCUCUUAUGAAUCAGGCACUCCCGCCCUUUCUGCAACACGGUGGAAUGUACGCAGGGGCACCAGGUCUCAUGUUUGCCCCUGGCAUUCCUCCAGGGAACUUUCUACCACCAGGAAGGGAUGAAAAUCCCCUAGCCUCUCUCGCAGCCAAUCUGAAUCUAACAAAACGACCGCUCCCACCGUCUGACACCGAUUCGGCUGAGGUGAAAAAACAGAGACUCCAUCACUCCAUGCGCAUGCUCAAAGACGAGCCUGUGCCUGAGGGCUACGUCAGGUUCAGAUUCAACGAGGACUGCAGGUAUCAGCACUGCGGCUACCGAGAGCAUCAAACGCACUUUCACUGUAUGCGCCAAGACUGUGGCUACUCAUUCUGCGAUAAAACGAGAUUUGUCCAGCACACGGCUAGGCACGAGAGGCUAGACACCCUGAUGGGUGGAGAUUUUCAGCAGUACAGGGCGAAUGUGCCCUGUGGUAGGGCUCAGUGUGCCUACACCUCGUCACUCGGCUCGAUGCAGAAUAAAGCAUCACACUUUCACUGCUUGAAAUGCGAUUUUGUUUGCACUGAUACUAACAAAGUCGUUGCCCACAGAAGGCAACACGCCAAACUGGAUAACAUCGCGGCCGCUGGCUUCCAAAAAUUCACACCAAGUCAACCCUGUGGUGCCGUCCAGUGCCAGCAUUGCAGAAAACAGACACAUUAUCACUGCCUCCAAUGUCAAUAUGCUGUACUUGGUCUUGCGCAGAUGUCUGCGCACAAGUACCGACAUAUGGAUGCGUAAGGAUUGAGGUUAGUUUUUAGUAUUAAAUAAUUGGGGGAAUCCCCGUUACUGAGGUGGGUAAAAUUUUGCGAGUCGUGGCAGUUUGAUUUGUCUUGGGAAACUAGGGGAAAUUGUAACGAAUGUAAAUCGUACUAAUGUGUUUCUGAGGAUUUAGAUGACUAGACGGAGAUGUGUAUAAUUAAUCGUAUUUACAAGCAGUAUUUAGAAACACGAAUUGACGAAAGACUGGGGCUGAUGGCGAGUGGUAAUUGGGGGAAUUCAGCCGUUCUUUUUAUUUCAAAUAAAUCAGGAAUUGAAAUAUCGUGAGCUGUUCUUGUUCUGUACAACGAGAGAUGUAUAUUAAAUAUAGUGUAUGGGAGAUAAAAAUAUACUCGAAAAUGUUAAUUAAUUAAAUGUAGAGGGGAUUUAGGUGGAGUGUGAAUAUAUUAUCUGGAGAAUGUAAUUUUAAUUGUUCAGAGAAUGUUAAAUUGAUGCUCAACCCGAGAGAUGUCCUCUGAUUUGACUCGAAACGAAUAACAACGUAGAAGAGAAUAUUGAGAUAUUUAAAGAAGACACUGAAUAUUUUUUGAAUACUAGCUCUAGCCUUUUCAAGUAAUAGGGUGCCUUUAGGGUUGUAUCCUCCUGAUUUCUCUUCAAUUUUUAGGAACAAAGUGCGUGCCUUAUGCGCAACACAAGAACAAUAAUUAAUUUAAGACUCGAUUCUGAAAAAAUCCGUAACUUACGUCAAUGGAGAACUAAAUUAUUGUGGACUUAAUGUGUUAGUGCCUUAAAAGAGGACAUAGAAGAUAUUCUCAAGCCUAAAAAAAAA